AACACAACAAACAGGCACGUCAGCUGAUUACUGGCGCUGAAACAAGCUGUGAUGUUUUACUGUGGUGUAACAAAGUAGCCGGGAAAAAAAGUUAACAAUGUCAGCUUUACCAACCGGCUAGUAAAUGUUAGAUACUCGCACUGCAGGAAGGGGAUUCUUUGAAGUGAGUGGCGGUUGUAUCAAGUUUUGACAGCACAAACAUAUGGAAGCUAAAGGGGCAGCGUAAGCCGGUUAGUAACGUGUAGUAUGUACUUAUAAACGUUACGGCACAUACUGCCUGUUGUAGAAAGCUGGAACCUCAAGGAAACAGCUUAAACUAAAAGAAGAUAUUAAGCCACUACAGAAGCCACUGUACACUAAGCCACAUACAGAAUGGACUCUAUGCUCGAGUCACGACCACUGCUGGGACCACAAGAAAGCGGGCCGAUCGAAGGGAAGUCGGAGCAAGACAGUUAUUUAGAUAAGGUGAAGAACAGGAAACUGUACCUGGCCACAUUUGCAGCAGUCCUGGGUCCCCUGAGCUUUGGGUUUGUCCUGGGAUACACGUCUCCUGCCAUUCCGGAGCUACGCAGGAUCAGUAACCCGCGCCUGCAGCUGGACUCCGAGGAGGCCUCUUGGUUUGGUUCUGUGGUGACGGUGGGUGCCGCUUUCGGAGGGGUGCUGGGCGGCUGGGUAGUGGACAAGAUCGGCCGAAAGCUCAGCCUUAUGUUCUGCUCCCUGCCCUUCAUCUUGGGCUUCACCAUCAUCAUCGCUGCCCAGAAUGUCUGGAUGCUGUACCUUGGACGCGUUCUCACUGGGCUGGCCAGCGGCAUGACCUCCCUUGCAGCACCUCUGUACAUCUCGGAGACUGCCCACGAGCGAGUCCGAGGGACAUUGGGGUCCUGCGUGCAGCUCAUGGUGGUGACGGGGAUUUUGGGAUCCUACGUGGCAGGUCUGGUGGUCGACUGGCGCUGGUUAGCGGUGACCUGCUCCGUGCCUCCGACCGCCAUGCUGCUCUUCAUGUGCUUCAUGCCGGAGACUCCCCGCUUCCUGCUGUCGCAGGGCAAGCGGCGGGAGGCGGAGGCGGCGCUGCAUUUCCUGCGGGGACCGGAGGCCCCCGCCGAGUGGGAGUGUGCUCAGAUCGAGGGAGCCACCCAGGAGCAGGGCAGCCGCCUGCAGCUGUCUGACCUCAAGGACCCCGGCAUCUACAAGCCCCUGCUGGUGGGAGUUCUAAUGAUGCUCUUCCAGCAGCUGACGGGCAUCAACGCCAUCAUGUUUUACGCUGAGACCAUCUUCGAGGACGCUCACUUUAAGAACAGCGACGUGGCUUCGGUGAUAGUUGGAACCUUCCAGGUGAUCUUCACGGCCCUGGCCGCAGUGGUUAUGGAUCGGGCUGGGAGGAAGGUUCUGCUCAUUGUGUCAGGGGUCGCCAUGGCAAUCAGCACAGCAGUGUUCGGGGUGUACUUCAGGUUGAGCGGUCCGAAUCCCAGCAACUCCUCGGACUUCAACCCCCCGCUGGUGUCCGACGGCCCGCAGACCGAUUUGUCCUGGCUCGCCCUCACCAGCAUGGGCGUCUUCAUCACUGGCUUUGCCAUUGGCUGGGGCCCCAUCCCUUGGUUGGUGAUGUCAGAGAUUUUUCCCACCCCUGUGCGCGGUUUGGCGAGUUCCGUCUGCGUCCUAACCAACUGGAGUGCAGCGUUUGUCGUCACCAAGACUUUCCAGGAUCUCACAAACCUCCUUUCCAAUGCUGGGACGUUUUGGCUGUUUUCUGCAUUUUGUGCACUCAACGUAGUCUUUACGAUCUUCUGUGUCCCGGAGACCAAAGGCAAAACACUGGAAGAGAUCCAGGCUCGUUUCAAAGGGACAGCUUAGUGUCAUCCUCCACCAGACACAGAAUCAGAUGUAAAAAAAAAUUAAGACCUGGACUGGGGAAUUUCAACCUGGUGUCACUUAUUGGUUGUGCCAAUAUCCGUUUGGCAGGUGUGAGAUGUCGUUUUCGUGCAUCCUUCCUUGGGUACGUCCUGCUUGUUGUGGCACUCAGUGGCUGACACUCACCUGCCUUGCUGAAUGGAGUCUACUGUAAUUAUCAUUUUUUGGAUAUCAUUCUUGGUUUUGUUGUAUGCAAUAGAGUAAAUGAUUAUUGUGUGUUGUAAGCAAAGUGUGGACAUUUUUUGAAGAGAGUAAUAAACUGCUGGUCUACUAAA